CCCCUUCAGAUUCUUCUUCUUGUUUUCAUCCAGGGAGAAAGUGGACAAACAAAUACAGGAAAAGAUCUUCUUCUUAUUUUCAUUCCAUGAAGUGUGAAUCAAAACAGACUAGUACUACUCUACUAGUCCAAAAUCUAGAACCCUACGUCUCCGACGAUGAUGUCCGGCGGGUGUUUGAAAAGUUUGGGUCUUUGGAGAGCGUACAGAUUAUUGUCACGAAUCCGAACACUACCAAGCCGCAUGUGCCAUACAAGUUUGCUGCAAUGGUGAAGUUUUCAAGCUCCACCGAGGCCAAGAAUGCAUUACAAGGCGCAGAUGGCGUAAAUGACUGGGUGGUGGUGAGGUAUGAUCCAGAUUCGAGGCCUCUUCCGUUCAAGCUCACGAAUAAGCAUAAGAACCGACUGCCGCCGUGGUUGUACACCCCGCGGCAGUUGGCCGAUUUGGUCGAGAAGAAUGAGCUUGUUCCUCCAUUAACUCGACCCCCUAUCCAAGCCACUGGCUUGCCAGAGAACUUGAAUGGCCUCAUUGCACAGAGAAUGGCACCGGCUCGACUUCAGCUUAACCUUGGUCCAGGGGUCACACCACCACCAUCCUCUGUUGAUUUACCUCACUCAAGUCCACCCACAAGCCGCACAACUUUCCCAGCUCACAUCAAAGUUCCCGGAUUUUUCAAGGACACCCUGACUUUUGGAACAGUUGGGGAUAUCCUUCAUAGCAUUAGCAGCAAUUAAGAAUCAUUCCUAAUUUUGUAUAUUCUAGUUAUGCUUACUAAUAUGUCUGAGCUGAGGCCAUUGCAACAUGGUCAGCUAGUCUGUAACUUUUAAGGGAUUUUGUAAUGUAAAGACAGGUUUCAUUGCAACAUGGUCGGCUAGGCUUUAAGGGAUUUUGAAAUGUAAAGACAGGUUUACAGCAACUCUGGUGGAAGGGUAGAAAUCAUGUUCUUCAAUGGGUGAAAUCGUGUGGUUUAAAUUUUUGUUAGAAUCUGCAGUAUCCUUGGUUGUUGUUGUUGUUUAAAUUUUGUUAGCAUCUGCAGUAUUUUAGUUCGUGCUUGCUUCACUGGUAGUUUUCAUAUUCCUCAUCUUUCUGAUGAUGCAGUGGAUUCACCUCACUCCACCGGCAAGUCACAAACUGUUGAUUGAUGAAAUCUUAGUUUUGAUUGAUGCUUAGCUUUAACUAUUCAUAAUUAUGAAGUGAAGAUGUAGAAUUGCAUCCAUAAACUACACAUUUAUCAGUGGA